AUCUCACCCAGCACCAGAGGAUGCACACGGGAGAGAGGCCCUACGAGUGCUCCGAGUGCGGCAAGGGCUUCAGCGUGAGCUCCAAGCUGCUGCGCCACCAGGUGAUUCACACCGGCGAGAAGCCCUUCAGGUGUGCCGAGUGCGGCAAGAGCUUCUGCGGGAACUCGCAGCUGGUGCAGCACCGGCGGGUGCACACCGGGGAGAGGCCCUACACGUGCAGCAGCUGCGGGAGCAGCUUCAGCCUGAGCUCGGCUCUGGCUCGGCACCGGCGCGUCCACAGCGGGGAGAAGCCCUACGGCUGCGGCGAGUGCGGGAAGAGCUUCAGCCAGAGCUCCGAGCUCGUGAAGCACCGGCGGGUGCACAGCGGGGAGAAGCCGUACAAGUGCUCCGAGUGCGGGAAGGGCUUCACCGUCAGUUCGGCCCUCAUCCAGCACCGCCGGUUCCACGCGGGAGAGCGGCCGUACGGGUGCUCCGAGUGCGGGAAGAGCUUCACGGUGAGCUCCCAGCUCAUCCAGCACCGCCGCUUCCACACCGGGGAGCGCCCCUUCGAGUGCGCGGAGUGCGGGAAGAGCUUCCUCUGGAGGUCGGCUCUGCUGCGGCACCGGCGGGUGCACAGCGGGGAGCGGCCGUACGCCUGUACCGACUGCGGGGACAGCUUCAGGCAGAGCGCCCACCUCACCCAGCACCGCCGCACGCACACGGGCGAGCGGCCCUACGCCUGUGCCGACUGCGGCAGGGGCUUCGCCGUCAGCUCCGCGCUGCUGCGGCACCGGCGCGUCCACAGCGCGGGGCAGCCCUAGGCUCCGGUCCCCGCGGUGCCGCUGCCUCCGUUCUCCCCGUUCACUGCCCUGCUCUCGGGAUGGGAAGGACUUUCUUUUAGGAGAACGAGUCCUUAAAGAGAGACGUCCAAAUAGGGGAGAGUCAGUGCGAAGAGCUGGAGCUCUGGAGAGGAGCGUGGACACGUCAGGGGCGGUUGGUGGUGUUCGGAGGGAAAGCUCCUGGGAGAGAAAGGAAGUGAUUUUAAAAGGCUGCAACGUGCUUCAUGUAUUUCAGAAGAAGAUUGAUCCCCAGCAGUGACCACAAUGCCAUCAGCCCUGGAGAGCCCAGAGGGGGGAGAGGAAGAUGUCUUGCACUAUGAGGAAAUAGAAGAUGGUGCUGUCAGCCCCAUGGACCUCUCAGAGCUGCUGAAGGAGGGGACGAAGGAGUCUCACGACCGUGCAGAGAACACUCAGUUUGUCAAGGACUUCCUCAAGGGGCGCAUCAAGAAGGAACUCUUCAAGCUGGCCACCGUGGCCCUUUACUUCACCUACUCUGCUCUGGAAGAGGAGAUGGAUCACAACAAGGACAACCCAGUCUUUGCUCCUCUGUAUUUCCCCGUAGAGCUUCACCGGAGAGAAGCUUUGGCCAAAGACCUCAAAUAUUUCUAUGGGGAAGAGUGGAAAGAAAAGAUCCAGUGUUCAGAGGCAACUCAGCAAUAUGUGGACAGAAUCCAUCAUGUGGGACAACACGAGCCAGAGCUGCUGGUGGCUCAUGCUUACACACGCUACAUGGGGGACCUCUCAGGUGGCCAGGUGCUGAAGAAGGUAGCCCAGAGGGCCCUGAAGUUGCCCAGUACUGAGGAAGGGAUCAAAUUCUACGUGUUUGACAACAUUUCCAACGCACAGCAGUUCAAGCAGCUUUACAGAGCAAGAAUGAAUGCUCUGGACUUGGACAAGAACACCAAGGAAAGGAUCGUGGAAGAGGCCAACAAAGCCUUCAGAUUUAACAUGCAGGUGUUUGAUGAGCUGGACAAGAUCGGCAGGUCGCUGGCAGAAGAAGCCCAAGACGGAGGUUUCCCCGUCCACGAUGGAAAAGGAGACAUCCGCAAGUGCCCGUACUAUGCAGACAAACUGGGCACAGCAAGCCCCAGCUGCCCCUUCCACGCUGCCCUGGGCCUGGCCAGGCAGCCCCUGGUGCAGCUGCUGCUGGCAGCCUGCAUGGCCGUGGCAGCAGGAGCUGCAGCCUGGUACAUCCUGUGAUGGGCACAGCGUGGCUCUGCUUGGGGGCAAGGGGAGAGCCCUGCCCGUUUUCUGACCUUCCCUUGCUGGUGGUGAGUUGGCUGCAGAGUGGGAGUAAGGAAAUAAACAGGAAUCCUUUGGGGUUGUCCCAGCCUCCUUGCACACUGCUGUAACACAAAGUCUUUAGCUGACUAGUGCACAGGACUGGUUGGUGCCAGGGGGUGAGGACUCCACUGCAGCACUGCCCUGCCCAGGCUGGGGCAGCUUCUAAGGCUAGAGAUGUUCUGUCCUGUCCUGGCAAAGGCUUCACUUGCUUGGCUUUUCAUCUCCAUCCCCGAAGCAGUGUCUGGAGGGGGUUCCCUGCCCUGGGUUGUAUCCACAGAAUGUGUCGUGAGCCUUCCAAACAACAAGCACUUGCUUUGCUACCCUGAGAAGCUAGGCUGUGCCAUGGGGCUGUUAGCUCAUAGGAGUAUCCUGUUUGGUGCAAUGUCCUAGGAACCAAGUCUGACUCCUGUUGGGGAUGGGGGUGGGACCAUGGUGGGUAUGGAGGUGACAAAUAUGUAUUGUGCAACUUUGGGGUUGAGGGUUGGUUGUCGGUUAUUUUUCCUGAAGCCUUGACUGGAAUAAAAAGUUGUAAUGCUGUA